AUGAUUCCUUCUCCAGUUCUAACCAAGUUACGAAAUUUAAUGUAAGUAGAGGAAAUGUUGAUUGCUCAUGCUCUUCCUAUAAUGUAAGUUUAUGUCAAGUCUGGUGGACAAUGAGGUUACUCAGGUCAUUAUGUUAAUUUGCCACAAAAUGUUAACCCAUUGAGUCGCAUUGCACCCUGAUGCACCCUACUUGCCACAAAAUGUUAACCCAUUGAGUCGCAUUGCACCCUGAUGCACCCUACUUUAGUAUUUUACUCUGUCUAACGCCAGAGUAUUUUACUCUGUCUAACGCCAGACAAUUUUACUCGUCCAUGGGGAGAGGGCUGGCGCAUAAUGGGUUAAAGCUAGAUUACAGUCCCUUCAACGCCAGACAAUUUUACUCGUCAAGGGGAGAGGGCUGGCGCAUAAUGGGUUAAAGCUAGAUUACAGUCCCUUCUGUGGAUGUGUCAAAAAUAUAAACAAAUGUGAGCACACUUGUUUUGAUUUUGUGUGCUCCCCAGUCCUUAUUUUGAUAUGCAUGCUUGUAUGAGACACUAGUUGAAAAUGACUGACUUGCAAGAGUUACAGCCAUCUACUUAAACAGGGAAUCCUUCAAACACUGGUCGCUAAAGCAAAGAAGCUGAUCGAAAAGCAUAUUUUACAAAAAGAAAUGUGUCCAAAGUGUGUUUGAAUACCUCUAUUAUUGAGCGGUGGAAACGGCUGAAAGAAGAAAAUGAAAUCACGAGUGAUCAGGAGUUUGUGGAUAUUCUGCUGAACUUGUACGAAGCAUUAAGAGAUUCAUCAAUUCAAAUGCGGUAAGUAUGUAACUCUGGCCUUUUUAGUUUGUUCAUGUUGUUGUAUUUGCUGAUUAUGAAACUUUAUGCUGCAUUUCUAGCACUGUGGAAACCCAGACAAACGAUCCAGAUUAAACAAUGAGGUCAUUGACUGGCCAAAACAUGGGCCUCAUGGCCACAAGUACCCCUCAGAAUCUCAGCAAUAAUCCUUCGCCAUGUGAGUUUAUAACAUACUUAUUCAUGGAUAUAUACAGAAAACAUUAUUUAUUAGAUUUUGGUUGACGUUGUUAAUUUUAAAUUAUUAAUUUUGUAUUUUGCAUAGUUUUAUCUGGCCCUUCGAAUAUGUUUGUCAAGUCGAAGACGCCUGAUACCCGCCUGGCUCCCCGCCAAGAUUUGUAUGAUUAAUUAUAUCUUUAAAUGGUCCAUUUCUGUAUGGUAUAUUUCCCUUGUUAUCGCGAUAAUGUCUUCAUAGGCAUGCUCAUGAUGAAACAUUGACAGUCGGUGAAGGUGACAGUGAGACCCUUAGCAAAUGAAUGGUUGACAGGUUUUGUUGAUGGAAAUAAUCGAGUAGAACAUUAUGUACAUUUAUUAGACAUAACCAUGAACAGCUGCAAAAAUGCAACUACAGGUCCCUGACUCAAUUCAGGCUAGCCAGGGAUAUGUAAUUUCAUUUUCUGCACCUGUUCCUGGUUAGGUCUAAUAAAUGUAUAUAAUUUUUUUUUUCUGUGUUGGUGUUGUGUACUCAGGUGAAUAAUAUGUUUGCGAUGUUACUCUGAGUGCAUAUCCACACCGGGCGAGCUUGAAAAAUAUGCCCGGCCACGGUGGGAUUCGAACCUAUGACCUUUGGAAUACUAGCCCAAUGCUCUUAGUUGGAAGAGCAUUGGGCUAGUAUUCCAAAGGUCGUAGGUUCGAAUCCCACCAUGGCCAGGCAUAUUUUUCAAGCUCGCCCGGUGUGGAUAUGCACUCAGAGUAACAUUGCAAACAUAUUAUUCACCUGAGUACACAACACCAACACAGAAAAAAAAAAUUCAUAUUACAAGAACACAUUGGUAUUGAAGGAACUAGAUACUGUUCCGAAAUAUCACUUACUCGAACCGUCCUGACUACGUAGCUCAGUUGGAAGAGCAUUGGGCUAGUAUUCCAAAGGUUGUAGGUUCGAAUCCCACCGUGGCCGGGCAUAUUUUUCAAGCUUGCCCGGUGUGGAUAUGCACUCAGAGUAACAUCGCAAACAUAAAUGUAUAUAAUUUUCUAAUAUAUCAUUUCCAUCAACAAGGACCGUAAGUAAAAUUUAAUACCUUUCUACAGUAGACUGACAAAAAGUUGAGAACUUUGCAUUUUGUAAAGUGGUUGCAUCAUUAAAGCUGCUGCAUUAAAACCUUUAGAGUAAAUACAUAGCAUGUGUAGAACAAAACAUUCAAGAGCAAAAAAUAUUCAUUUUAAUGAAAACAGUAAUCAGUUAUGACACUCAAACUGCUGAAUAACAAUUUUGGCUCACAUGUCUACAAAACUACCAAAAUGCAUGCAAACACAUAAUACACACUUUUAAACUUUUGUCCACCAUGUGUCACUAGUGACAGUAGUGUAAGUUUAUUAAUAACACAAAGUCUUUUAUCUAAAUUUGGAGCAGACAUGCCCAGAACUGCCAGAAGAAAAUGACAUCUUCAACAUAACGAUUAAUGGGCACAAUGGAGAUGAAAUUGACCAAGAAUAUGAAGAUAAAGGCACUGCACCACAAGAAUAUGUCUUCACUGUGGACGUGGUUACCCCAGAGCCAGAAGCCAUAAAGAUGGAAAAGUGCAUUGUGUUUACAGACACUCUCAUGUUGUUGAUAACGUCUCUAUAUGGGAGUGUCUACUGGGGAUGUAAUUCCGGCCAUGUUGGUGGGAGAUGGGCAGCAUAG